ACACCGGAGACGCCUCUCCGCCACCGCUCACGAUUGUCGGACUUCAUCUCUUAUCCUUCAGUCUAACCUCCUUCUGAUUUGUACCCUUCACCAAGACCUCCUCCACCUUUCGCCGUCGCAUGCAGAUUGGAAUAUCCUCCAUCUCCAGAUGUUAAUCCGGGAAGUGCUCGAUCAGACCAAAAGUAGAUCCUUUGUUGGACCGUUCAGUGACGCCAACCUCUGCUGAAUCACCUUUGAAGCGAUCGAGAUUAAUCCAUCGUUCUUCUCAUCCUUUCCGUAAAGAAAGCUUCACCCAUUUCCAAUUUUCGGCGAGCUUGAAGCCGAUGAAGACUGAUUUCUGCGGGGAAGAAAUCAAAGCAUAACCUUCGAGAGAGAAAUUCCAUCACAAACAAACGGGAUUUUGAUUUAACAAAUACGAAAGAGGAAUAAGAAACUGGAUUAGAUCCGAAAUUUAUUUUUCAAUCUCAAUCAAAAUAAGACAUGAGAAUCCAUAACCCGUUGAUUGAAAUUGAAAACCCACACCAAAAAACUCGCCAAGCGAAACAAAGAUUCUUCUAAAGGAAAACGUAAAUCACCAAAGCGAAGAACAAAAUCCGAUUACCGGAACUAAAGAUUCGAUCAAGAUGAUCAAAAUAUUUUACAAACCAAAAAAUCUUUCAUCCCUUCAUCUCUCUGUGAAAGAUCCAGAGAGUGAGAACUGAGAGAAGAGAGAGAAACUUUUUUAUUCCGAUGUAAUUAAGCUUGUAAGGUCAGUUUUUAAUUCACAUCUUUAUCACCUUAAAUAGAUGUCAAUUUCUUUCUUUCUUUUAAAAAUUUAACUAUUUUUCUCGGGAUUAUAAUGUGCCCAUAGGUACUAGUUUGUGGGAGCAACAACAGACUACGAGCAUCAUCAACCACUCUCGAACGACUCACCAUUUCCAUGCCUUUGUUAUUCAUCACAUGGACCACACGGGCCCCCUGUGGUUAAAACUUAAAACCGUUUAUAAAUGAUUUUUUUUCUCACUGCGAUAAACAUUGCAAAAAAAAAUUUUGCAAUGAAAUAUGUACUUAAACCAGUGUUUUGAAAACUGGACCAGCCCGACCGUAAAUCAUCGAAGAAGUCGAGUCUGAUCGAGUUUAAAACAUGGAUCUGAGAAAAAUCGGUAAAACUGAAUAAAAAACAGGUAAAACUGGUGAUCUGUGUCAAUUUCAAAACCUGAUUCUAAAAAAUCAACAUAUAAUUAAUAUGUUUUCAGUUGUAAUUAAAAUUUAAUAUUUCAUCAUUGAUGUUUUGAAUAUAAUUAUUUAAUUUAUUUGUAUGUAGUUAUUUUCUUAAGAAAGAGUGUAAAACUAUUCUCAUAAACUAUUAUGGUUUUGUCAUAUUCACAAAUUUAAAACUUUAGUUGUGAGAAUAAAUAAAUAUAGUAAUUUGAACGGUCAAUUAUUUGAUUUUUAUCAAUUUUAAUUUACACAGUAUUCACUUGUUUAAUGUAUAUAUAGUUGGAUUUAUGUUUAUUUAUUGAAGAACAAACGACUUAGAAUUAAAGGAUAAGCAAUAAAAAAAAAUAUGAGGAUUAGGAAAGCUAACAUCGCAACUUCAAUUGCAUUCAUGUUAUCACAUUUUGGACACAUCAAUGAGGUCAUCCCUCUGUUCACUUUAGGUUAGCAAUCACUACAUGCAAUUUUAUAACAUCUAGAGUCCCACACAACGUUAUCAAUGGUGGCUAUGCAGAGUUAAAAAGUCCACCUACAAUCAGAAAAGAGUAAGCAUUGUACGUACUACACCCUUUUUCUCCUCCUCUUGAAUGUCCGAGGUACUAUUUAAUUUAUAUAGUCUUACAAAGUUGGUCAUGUUGCCCUUUCCUCAGUAGAUUCAUAUCUUCCUCUUCCAUCCGAUCUCUCCUUAUCCAUUCAGAUUCGAGUUUUUCUCUUUAUUUGAAAUCUCCCAUUAUCCUAUUUUCUUCCUUAUUCUUUCCCAAGUAAACAUUCACUAAAAUUGUCGCGCUUCAUGUUUUGCGUCAUAAAUGGGCUGCAUCAGUAUACAUUGAAACAAAUCCUUCUAUAUUUUCAGGUUUUAUAUCAUUAAUAUAUAUAUAUAUAUUAAAGUGAGUUUGAGAUGGACUGAAAAUAAACACACCAAACCAUAAUAUAUACUGAUUAACCAAAAAAUAUCUGUUUCUACAACUGUGUUUGAAGCCUAAUGCAAUCUUUGUGUCUUUAUGUCGUCAUAUACAUCUUCAACUCCACAACAAUUACAAAGAUCUUUUGUCUUUACGUGAGAUAUGUGGUUUAUAUAUAUGACUGUGGUUAUAAUACAUAUGCUAUAAACCUGUAUCAAGGUACCCGUUGCUGCCUCCGGAACUUCUCUAGCUAGAGGACUGGAGCACACAUUAUAAGUGUAUCCAGAAGGUUUGAGUUGAGUUUUCUAUAACAUUCCCAAACAUAUCCAUUUAAGCCCAAAUAUGGAACAUUUAGGCCCGUUAUGUGUAUCAACAAGUUUUUAACCAACUAGAAGACAAAAACAUAUAUAUCUCCUGAAAGAUAAAUUAAAGAAAAAAUGCAUUUAAGUGGAACACUUGCUCAGAUCUAAAAGUAACAUGCAUGGCAUAUCCACCGGACCGGACCACAAUUAAUGUUAAUUUUUGAGUGAUAAUAAUAGUAGGGGCUCACAUACUUUCUUUAUGUUGUUGAGAUUCAUGUAUCACUAUCACACUUGAGUGGAAAUAUUAGUAUUAAUGUUUUGGCUUAUUUUCAUGGAUCAUCAUGAGUGUAAAAUUACAUUUGACUAAAUUGAAUGUCAACAUAAAUAAAAAGAAAAAGGAGAAAGUUUUGCGAGAAAAGAGACGACAAAACAAAAGACAGGAGACAAGAGAGAGAAGAGACAAGAAACAUAAACUUGUUUCAUCAGAAAAACAAAAAGAAAGACAACGAGAGACGAGAGAUAAAUAAACGGAGAAAGGAAUAAUGGCGAUCGGUGAAGAGCAUCCUCCAUAAAACAUUUUAAUUAACAGGUUUUUUUUUUAUUUGGUGCUUUUGGGGUUGGGUUCUAGCGGAUGAUUCCGUUUGAUUACUGAUGCUUUGUGGUGGAGAGGGAAAGAAAUGGACUUGUGGGAAAGCUGGUGUGGUAAGUUUGCAAAAAGUGGCUUCUUUAGUCCGGGAUCUAAGCCAACCUUGUCUUUCACAACCAGGGAUACAGCUUCUUUUAUCUAUAGGCAAGAUGCUUAAGCCAGAGAAGUGGAGGGCUUUUUUCGAUUGUGAUGGAAAGGUUUUUGGUUUCCACAAGGCGCUCAAAUUAAUUAUCUUGGGGGGGAUCGACCCAUCAAUAAGAGCUGAAGUUUGGGAGUUUCUCCUUGGCUGUUACGCAUUGAGCAGCACCUCUGAGUACCGUAGUCAACUCAGGGAAGCUCGAAGAGAACGAUACAAUGAUCUGCUGAAGCAAUGCCAGAUGAUGCAUUCGAGCGUGGGAACUGGUUCGCUUGCCUAUGUUGUUGGAUCCAAAGUCAUGGACAUGCGAAAAUCAUACAAGAAGGAAGUUGUAAAGGAAUCUACAGAUGGAAGCACAGAAGCUUCUGUAAAUGAUAAUGAGAAAACUGAAAACCACGGUGAUUCGAGUAAUAAUGAUACUGACACAUCUCAUGGCCAUAGAAGAGGAAGUUCUAGUGAGUCAGUUGACAUAGCAAGUCCUGAAGCUUCUCCUUUUGUACUUUCCUCUGGUGGUCCUCACGUUGCGGAUGGUGUUUUUGACUUCCCCUCUCUAGCAGUCACUGAUUUGUUUGGGAGGAGUAGUUUAGAUAAGAAAGGGGUUUCUACUCCAGAUGAGGAAGCUUCGGUUCGAAGUGAGUUGAGAUCUGAGGAUGAGGGAAUGCACAGUUUUAGAAUUGAUAAGAACGCAGAUCUAGUCAUAGAGUCUUCUUAUAAUAACAACAACAACAGAUCUGCAUCCAUUCACUCAGAAAUCGAAGUGGUAGAUCCUGAGUCUGCUGAACAGCUGUCUCAUUCCGGCUCCACGGUGGAGAUAGUUGAUGGUCUGAGAAUCUCAGAUGUUCCUGAAAUGCCAUCUGCAAAAGAAACUCCUUCUCGUGGUGGGACUGUCACGGAAGAUCGGAUGUCUGAAUGGCUCUGGACAUUGCACCGAAUAGUUGUGGAUGUGGUAAGGACAGAUACUCACCUUGAGUUCUACGAGGAUCCAAGAAAUCUAGGAAGGAUGUCUGAUAUCCUUGCUGUCUAUGCUUGGGUUGAUCCUGCAACUGGUUAUUGCCAAGGUAUGAGCGAUUUGGUGUCUCCUUUUGUGGUUCUUUUUGAAGAUAAUGCUGACGCUUUUUGGUGCUUCGAGAUGCUCAUAAGAAGAACGCGUGCAAAUUUCCAGAUGGAAGGACCGACGGGUGUGAUGGAUCAAUUGCAAACAUUGUGGCAUAUAUUGCAACUGACAGAUAAAGAAAUGUUUUCUCACAUAUCUCGUAUUGGUGCUGAAAGCCUUCACUUUGCGUUCCGGAUGCUGUUAGUGUUGUUCCGAAGGGAGUUGUCUUUUGAUGAGGCUCUAAGGAUGUGGGAGAUGAUGUGGGCUGCUGAUUUUAAUGCCUCUGUUGCUGAAACUCUGGAGAAUGAUUGCUUGGAGCCGUUGGUGAUUCAGCUUCCUAGACAAUCAGAAGCUGAGAUAGGGGACCCAAAGAUAGAUGAUGGACAUAGGAACAGUACAACUAGUGAACCAACUUCGAGGAGCAGCGACAGAAUGUCAAAGAGCGGACCAUUGUCAAAGAGCAGCCUGUUGUACAUAAGCAGUCUACUGCCAAGAAGUGGUCCAUUGCCAAAGACUGGUCCUAUGUCUGACGACAACGAUACUGAGAUGAAGUCAGCAUCAUCUUCAUAUAAUUUCUGUGGCUUGACAAGAAACUUAUGGUCUAGGAACGAAAGAACACAUGUCUCUUCUUCUGUUGUUUCAUCCUUUGAAAAGGGAGAUGAUCCUCUUCCAGUCUUUUGUGUGGCAGCGAUCUUGAUUAUGAAUAGGCACAAGAUCAUGAAGGAAGCUCGGUCCAUUGAUGACAUGAUCAAGAUUUUUAAUGACAAGCUGCUUGCAAUUCGAGUUAGAAGAUGCAUACGCACAGCCAUGAAACUUCGUAAAAAAUACAUGUACAAGAAUCAGGUAAUCAAGAUCAAGAACCACACUCAGUCCCAGAUACAGAAUCAAACCACGACGCAGAACCAGAUCCCAGAAGAGAUUCAAAGUCAUGAUGAGAACUUCAGCCAAAGAAGUUCAUCUCAUGGUCCUGCCCACUAAAGAAUGAUGACUAAGAUAGAUUCCACCAAUAACUGUUAGUUUCCUUUAUAGAAACAAUAGUCAUACUAAAUAUAUAUAAAAGAAGAACAAGCUUAAAACAGGUAGGUCGUCUUUGGAUUUUGCAGAGUUAAAGAUUCACGAGUCUAUGUAUGCGUACAACGUUUUUGACAACUUUUUUUGAGGAAAUUCGUUUUUCGUUUUAA